AUGUCAUCCCAGAACCAGUCAAGUGUUCUUCAUAAAUUCAAGGGGAUUCUUUUUUCUACUGUGUCUUCAGAAGAACUUCUAAAUUCCCUGGAUUCUUUCCAUGCAAGAGAAGAUGAUGUGUUUCUGGUAUCCUAUCCAAAAUCUGGUACUCACUGGAUUGCAGAAGUCAUUGAGAACAUUCCCAAUGCUAGAAUUACUCUAACGUCUCCUAUUGAGUUGGGAGACAUGUCUAAAUUUGAGGAGCUGAAAAUGUAUUGUAAGAGAAGAGUUAUUCCAACGCAUUUGAGCUACAACAUGCUACCAAUUGAUAUUAAAGAAAAACAAUGCAAGAUUAUCUACAUCAUUAGGAAUCCAAAAGAUACAGCUGUUUCUCUAUUCCACUACUACAGAGAUAACCCUAAUCUCCCUGGCAUCGAAACCUGGGCUGCAUUUUUAGAGCUGUUCCUAAGAGGAGACGUUGUAUAUGGAUCCUGGUUUGAUCACAUUUUAAGCUGGGAAGAGCACAAAAAUGAUAAAAACAUUCUAAUUAUAUUCUAUGAAGAAAUGAAGAAAGAUCCUUCUGAAAACAUAAAGAAAAUAACUACUUUCCUCGGUAUAAAUGUGAGUGAGGGUGAAAUUAAUAAGAUUGCUUGGAAAACAUCAUUCAGUGAAAUGAAAAAUAAUGCAGCCAAGGAAAACUGUGAUCCAGAUCAUACCGUCUGUGCCCUCACAUCUAAUCGGAACCUGGUAUUUAGGAAAGGAGCGGUGGGUGAUUGGAUAAACUACUUUACUUCAAAGCAGAAGAGAGUAUUUGAUGAACUAUUCACAGAGAAAAUGAAACACAGUGAACUAGCAAGACAUGUUGAAGAUUAUGCUUAAUAUAAAUGGGAAAUGAAACUACUUUCCAUUUUAUGCGAUACAGUGUUUGGGGAAUACAUAAAUAUUUUUCACCAAUGUAGAAAGCAGAUAUUUCUUUCAGUGAGAAAUGGACGCUUUAUGAACAUGUCAGAAGUGUCAUGCAUGAGAGACUGUUAUCAUAUUUGGUGAUAGCAGAGAAUGAUUAAUAAAAGGAAGUAUAUAAUUUUUGAAUGGCUGAAUUAUAUCUGCUUUCAGGAUAUUCAUAAGGCAAGGAGAUUACAUCUAUUCAGAGACUGCAUAUUACUCUGGGUGUUCUAUACGCUGCAUUAACGUACAACAAAAGAAGUGACCGAUUAUCUAAAAUAACAAAUGUCUGAGAAGAAACUAUUUUCUGUCU